AUGCCCGGUUCUCUGCCGUCGGCAGCAGCCGCUCGGGAGAGAAACGUGAAGCGCAACGGGAGCAGGAGCUGUCUGAACAGGAGCCGGUUUGGUUCCCGUGAGAGGGACUGGCUGAAGGAGGACGUGGGCCGGGGCUGCGUGUAUGUUUAUGGAAGAGACCCUGCAGCCGCUGCUUCUGCCUCGGACUUGCGCUUGGUCCUCUGCACGGUGGAGACCCCGGUGUCCGAGAUCUGCGAUGGAGAAGGGAGAAAAAACCUCUACUUGCAACUUCAUGGAGACCUGGUCAGGAGGCUGGAGCCAACAGAAAAACCCCUUCAGAUUGUGUAUGACUACUUGGCUGGGUUGGGCUUUGACGAUCCUGUCAGAAUGCAGGAAGAGGCAGCAAACUCUGAUCUCAGCUGUAUGAUUCGCUUUUACAGUGAAAAGCCAUGUCAAGUGGAACAGGUAGAUCGCAUCCUGCUCUCUGGAGUCUAUAACGUACGCAAAGGAAAGACCCAGUUGCACAAGUGGGCAGAGCGCUUGGUAAUUCUCUGUGGUACGUGCCUCAUUGUGUCCUCUGUGAAAGACAGCCACACAGGGAAGAUGCACAUCCUGCCUCUCGUUGGAGGGAAGGUGGAAGAGAUGAAACGUCGUCAGUACACACUUGCUUUCACAUCUGCUGGGGCACAAGCUCAAACAUACCAUGUUUCCUUUGAAACACUGGCAGAGUGUCAGCGGUGGCACCGACAGGCGUCCACGGUUGUGUCUAUGCGACUCGGCAUGGUUGAUCUUUCAUGCUACAGCCUUGAGGAAGUACCUGAGCACCUCUUCCACAGUCAAGACAUCAUCUACCUCAACCUACGACACAAUUUUAUGAGAUCAAGUGGAGCAGGGAGCCUUGACUCUCUUUGCAGGUUUUCUCAGUUGAAGAGCCUGAACCUGUCUCAUAAUAGACUGGGAGAGUUUCCUGUAUCACUGUGCGAGAUCUCUACUCUGACAGAGCUUAAUCUUUCCUGCAAUGGACUUCAUUACUUGCCAAGCCAGAUUGGCAAACUGUUGAACCUCCAGACCUUCUGGCUUGAUGGGAAUUUCCUCACAUCCUUACCAGAAGAACUGGGAAGUCUGCAACAGCUCAGCUGUCUCGGGCUUUCCUUUAAUAACUUCUGUGAACUGCCAGCAAUUUGUGAGAAACUCGUUGUCUUGGACAAACUAGCCCUGGCGGGGAACUUGCUGGAGACCCUGGACCUGGCAGUGCUGAACCGCAUGAAUCACAUCAAAAGUGUGGACCUGAGGCUGAACAACCUGAAGAGAACAGCAGCUGACACUCUGGAGGGGAACAAAUCUGUGACUUACAUGGAUUUACGAGACAAUCAGAUGACAGAUCUGGAUCUGAGCUCCUUGGGCUGCCUGGAGCAGCUGCACUGCGAGCGGAAUAAGCUGAAAGAGUUGACGCUGAGCGGCUUCUCCCUUCGGGCCCUCUAUGCCAACAGCAACUGUCUGACAGCUGUCAAUAUUUACCCAGUUCCUGGUCAACUGACGUGUCUAGAACUCUCUCACAAUCAACUGCAGUGUGUCCCAGACUGGGCCUGUGAAGCAAAGAAACUGGAAGUUUUGGAUAUGAGCUACAACCUCCUUGUGGAGCUUCCACCAAGGAUCCUCAGCAGCUUGAGCCUUCGGAAGUUGAUGGUGGGGCACAAUCGUCUGCAGAGCCUCCCACCUCUUCUAGAACACAUUCCACUGGAGGUGCUGGACCUUCAGCACAACCUGUUGACUAAACUCCCAGAGACACUCUUUGUCAAGGCUCUGAACCUCAGGUACCUGAAUGCAUCUGCAAACAGCCUGGAGUCCUUGCCCUCUGCCUGUACAGGGGAGGAGAGUCUGAGCAUGUUGCAGCUGCUUUACUUGACCAAUAAUAACCUCACAGAUCAGUGCAUCCCUGUUUUGGUGGGACACCCGAGCCUACGGAUCCUGCAUCUGGCAAACAACAACCUACAGACGUUCCCUGCAAGCAAACUUAGUAAGCUGGAGCACUUGGAAGAGCUGAAUCUGAGCGGCAACAAACUGAAAACAAUUCCCACAACAGUGGCAAACUGCAAGCUACUUCAUACACUUAUUGCACACUCUAAUGAAAUCAGCAUCUUUCCAGAGAUCCUACAUUUGUCCCGUAUUCAGUUUGUUGACUUGAGCUGCAAUGAGUUAACUGAAAUCCUAAUCCCUGAGGCACUGCCAGGUACCUUGCAAGAGCUGGACCUGAGCGGGAACACAAACCUGGUGCUAGAACACAAAACACUGGACAUCUUCAGUCACAUUACCACGCUGAAGAUUGAUGCAAAGCCCUCCCUCACAGCAGACUCAGCACUCACUUCUACCUUCUGGAGUCAUGGAGUAGCUGAGAUGGCAGGCCAAAGGAAUAAGCUGUGUGUGUCAUCCCUGGCGAUGGGGAGCUUUGCAGAGGGGGUGGAGGCUGUGUAUGGCAUGUUUGAUGGUGACAAGAACGAGGAGCUGCCACGCUUGCUGCAGUGCACCAUGGCCGAUGUGCUCCUGGAGGAGGUACAGCAGUCAGACACCAUGUUCAUGUCCAACACCUUCUUGGUCUCCCACAGGAAGCUGGGCAUGGCUGGGCAGAAGCUGGGUUCCUCUGCUGUCCUUUGCUAUAUUCGUCAUGAUGUGGCCGAUCCAGCCAGCAACUUCUCUCUGACGGUGGCCAAUGUGGGGACGUGCCAAGCCAUUCUGUGCCGAAGUGGAAAACCACUGCCUCUCUCCAAAGUCUUCAGCCUUGAACAAUGUCCAGAAGAAGCCAAGAGAGUCAAGGAGCAAAAAGCCAUUAUAACAGAGGACAAUAAGGUGAACGGUGUGACUUGCUGUACUCGGAUGCUGGGCUGCACGUACCUGCAUCCUUGGAUCCUGCCCAAACCACACGUCAAUUCCAUUCCACUGACUGUACAAGACGAGCUUCUGCUUCUAGGGAACAAAGCUCUCUGGGAACACCUUUCUUACACAGAGGCUGUCUCGGCCGUGCGCCACCUACACGACCCGCUAGCUGCUGCAAAGAAACUCUGCACUUUAGCCCAAAGCUACGGUUGCCAAGACAACGUGGGUGCAAUGGUGGUGUGUCUGAACAUCAGUGAGGACAACUGUACAUGUGAGAUGCACGGCCUCACUCUGCCAGGCCCUGGGGGAUUUAGUUCCACCACCACCAAGCCAGCAACCCCUUCAUCUAGCAGUGGAAUCGCUUCAGAGUUCAGCAGUGAACUGUCUGCUUCUGAGGUUAGCAGCGAGGUGGGCUCCACUGCUUCAGAUGAACACAAUGCUGUUGGUCUUGAUGGCAGUUUGCUACCGCGACAAGAGCGACGUUGCAGCCUACAUCCUGUGCCCCCCUCGAGCAUCUUUCAGCGCCAGCCUUCCAGUGCCACCUUCUCUAGCAACCAGUCUGACAAUGGUCUGGAUAGCGAUGACGAGCAGCCUGUGGAAGGUGUGAUGACAAAUGGCAGUAAAGUGGAGGUAGAGGUGGACAUCCACUGCUGUAAAGGAAAGGGCCUGGAGUUUGAGCCUCCUGCUGCAGAGCGCGGCUCCUCUGCGCCAGGGCCAGAGGAUGACUCUGGGCUUGUCCUCGUCAUUCGGAGACAGAACAGUGUAAACAGCAAUACUGUGCAGAGGGUGGUCAAGGAAAAGUGUGAACUGCAAAAAUCUCUUUCCACAUGCUGUCUCUAUGGAAAGAAGCUUUCCAAUGGCUCCAUAGUGCCCUUGGAGGAGAGCCUCAACCUCAUCGAAGUAGCCACUGAGGCACCCAAGAAGAAGACAGGCUAUUUUGCUGCUCCGUCCCAGAUGGAGCCAGAGGAUCAAUUUGUGGUGCCACCUGAUCUGGAGGAGGAAGUGAAGGAACAAAUGAAGCAGCAACAGGAGAAUGGAGCGGAUCAGGAGCAGAAAGAGGAACAUGCAGCGACUCUGCCAGAGGAGUUUGACACAGCUUUGUAACCCUACAAGUACUGCUCCCAUAUCGUCUGUCCCAGGAAGCUCUGUCCCAUAAGGGCUGUCUUGCCCUCCAAGGGGAGCUGGGAUCUGCAAGGAGUACAGGCAUCUGCUGCUUCCUUAAUGAAGUCGAGGAAGAAUUGGGAGUGCUAAGGUCUGGGCUGUCCACUUGUCACUGUAGAGUCUCAGUUGUUCUAUGAGCACUCAGCCCAGCCAGCUGAGCUCGGUGUCAGGGACUGUCUGGAAAUCCUGUAAGCACUAGAAGAAGGCAGGUGUUCCAACACCUGCCUGUAACUCCUUGAAUCCUGAGGUUCUGCCAGCUCUGCAGGAAAAGGGCUGGCAUAUGUGUGUGUGUGUGGGGCGAGGAGGCUGCUUGGAGGGGGCAAUGUUCAGUGUUUGGAGUCCUGUGAAUAUGUCUGAUGCAGUGCCCUCCCCCCCACCCCCCAGCACCUGACUUUGUUAUUCCUUGAAAGAAUACAGCCAGUUGCAAUGAAGCUGACCCAAGAAUGGUUUCCUACAUUAAUUGCAAGCACUUUUAUUGAUUGCACUUAAGCUGUUCUGCUCCACUUAAGCCCAGCACUUUAUUAUUUAGGGUUAGGGGAGAGAGCACUCCACAGCAGGUGUGGUGGGAGCUUUUCCCUAUGGACAUUGUUAGGGCAGUGGAGGACUCAGGGUACCAGUGUUCUGAUGGGCACUGGUGCAGGGUAGAGUGAGGGUUAUGAUGGGAUCAGCCUGUGCAGGAUGAGAAAAUACACAGCUGAGGGAUAAGCAGGUGCCUACUCAUGCGUUUUACAUGGAGCAUAGGAGAGACCAGCUCUGGACCGGCUGAUUAAGGUAACAGGUAGAGCUCGUGCUUCUAGUUGCAGAGCACAGACCCAGCUCAUCACCAUUUUGGCCACCUCCCAUCAUGAAUGCUUCACAGUAGAGGCUUCCCAUAUCCAGAAGAUACGGGAUGAAACCAGCAGCUCAUGCUUGUUUCAGUGAGGUGCUCAGUCUGAGAGGAAACCAAGUUGUGAGCUGUGGGAUGCUGCUCUAAGGCUGGUGAGCAGUGGGGCUGCCUUUCAUAAUGCUGAGGAAGCAUUCAGUGCUCUGUUCCACCAACAUCCACCUCUGCACUGUCAGCCAUAGCAUCUUUGCUUGCCUCUGAAAGCAAGAGUCGCGUUCCAAAUCCACAGCAACCUGCUUUUCAUGGUACAUGCCCAAUUCGGCCACAAACAAGGUGAAAGCAUACUUGGUUUUGCUUAGCUCUCAAUGCAAAAGGAAAGAAAUGGAACUUCUCACCUUUAAUAUCAUCUUUAUCAGCACUGGAAAAGAUGUUUAAAACAGCCCCUCUAAUGGUGAACUGGCCGGUCUGCAUUUGGCAGAUGCGUGGUGUUUCCUUGAGGAUUUUUGGUGCAGGGUGUGUUGGCCACCUGUGUCGUCAUCUCCUGUGAAAAGACCCCGUGACGUGCAGAUCUGUCUUCCUGAGCUGGCAGAGAGCUGCCCAGGUCACGUCAGGGGUGCAGUAAUCCUGACUGUAAUGUGGGCUAGUGCCUUUUCUUCUUUAUUAAUUAUAGUUAUGAAGAAAACUCGACAGUUUCUUCUCAAGAGCUCUGAGUUGUAUAUUUUUGGAUCAAAGUCAGGCCUUGCUCAGAAAGAAAUACUGUGCAGACUACUUGUAGGAUUCUGUUAAUAUGGAUCUUUUGAGAAAAUCUAAUUACUGAGAUUUCAAAGCACCUUGAAUUUCUUCUCACUAGGAACAAAAAUAAUGUAUUUUUACCAUGCAUGAGAAAGCAACAUUUUAGGAUAUACCUUGUGCUAGUUACAAUGUAAUCAUGAAACAACCCAAAAACUUUUUUCCAGAGUUUAAACUCUAACAAAUUUUGGAUGUUUAAAUGCCCGUUUCAUUUGGAAGUGGAGAGAAAAGCUAAUUCUUAGAAUCGCAGAAACAGCAUCAUUUGAAUCCCUUAGGCAGAGAAACAAUAGCAGGAAAGAUUAAAAAAAACUAAACCCCAAACAUCUUUCAUGCUCUCCCCAUACAAGUAUGCAGAAAAAGCUCAUCCCAAUGUAUUUGACUGUAACUUUUAAUUCUGUCACUGAUGAUAAUUUUACCAAAUAUGUGUGCCCAGCCCAAUGCCUUCUGAUACCUGCCAGGGAUCUGAAGCAGCCCCUGUUGAUGUUCAGUGUGGGACUGAUGCAGAAAUACACUCUUCUUUCUGAGUAAGACUGUGACAAACCUUGCACUAGGAGAGAGGCAGAUGUUAAUGCAAAUCAAGUCUCUCUUUCUUGCACUGAUGUGGAAAAUCCAGUGUGUCCUUGCCAGUCAAACCAGUAGCAUUGCACGGAGAGUUGGCAUUGCCACAGGGAGUUACUCAUGAAGGGCCCUACCUAGCUCAGUGGGGAAGGACUAAGUAGAACAAAGCUCUGGAGUGGAGCAUGCAGAUGUCUGAGCUGCUCCUCCUCAUGGUGGUGACAGAAUGGAAUGCAAGGAAUUCCUGCUUAGUCUUUUCCGCCGGUGCCAUUUCUGGUUUGAAGCAGAAAAGGAGUUUAAUAGAGCCAGCUCCUAUUUUCCAUGGGUGUGAACUGUCAUGGCAGAACGUGGCUUGUUCUCUUACACUAGGCAAGAGUCCACGGCGUUCUCUGCUGAAGCAGGUAUUAUGAACUGUUUGUAUUACUGUGGGCAGCACAGCCUGAGUGCUUCCCUCCACCACCACCUUUUCUUUUCCUGCUUCCCUAGAGGCAGCAAGCUUCUCCUUUGUCUUCCUCACCUUACUUACUACCACCACCUUAGAUUUCAAGCUGCCUGGGUGCUCUGCUGUAGGUGGAACAGGUAUGAAUCAGCCAGUCUAGUGAAGGACUCAUAGCAGGGGAUAGAAAGUGUUUUCCCAGUUCUCUUCCUGUUCUUCAGUCUCUUCCCUGAUUUUUGUAUGUGGUUCUUGCAUCAUCUCCACAGAGACACAUCACUAAGAAUGUCCCAGACUUGCUAUUAGAGGGAGGUUCUCAGCUUGGGGUCAUCAGGCUCUCUUGUCCCUGCUGAGCAAUGCCAUGCUCAGCUGGUGAGGUGGUUUGUCCAUCUCUUCAGUAAUUGUGGCUCUGCUGGUGAGUGUGCUUGCUGAGAACAGGUACUCUAAAGGCAGGACCCAUCUGCCCUGCCCUGUCCUGUCCAGAAAGACUGCUGCAAAAGGAACCCUUAGAGGUUUUACUUAGUGAUGAGUAGUUGGGGGCUGAGUAUUAAGGACGAGGGAUAACCUCCCAGUUGCUCCCAGCACCAGGCCUGGUGGAGGCAGCGCCACAGAUCGCUAGGACCUGAUCAGAAUCCUCAGCUAGAUGGGAGGGUAAAAUCCUGUUCCAAGAAGGAGCAAGUUAUUUCCUUUUCUCGGGGACAGGCUGCUGUGAGGUCUGAAAUCCUUCUCCCAGGACACAGGACUUUCAGCCAUACCUACGGACCUUGGACUUCAGGAGUUCCUGCACUCCUUUCGGAUGGUGAUGGCUGUCGUGUCACUUGCCAAAGCCCUUCUUCAGGCAGUAGGUUCACCUCUUUUGGUUUUGUGCAGUUGUUGUUUGCUGUUCCAUUGCUGUCUGAAGACUCAACUGUAUUUUCCCCUCUUUUUUCACAUUUUAAAAUGUUACCUUUUUUUAAACUUGAUUCAUAUGACCCCCUGCAUGUUAAAGGAAUACGGCAGUGCAACAACUGUUUAUUAAAUAAUCUUUUUCAUGUUUUUUGUUUUAAAAAGGAGACUAUUUUCUGUAUCCCACUCUAGCAUGCACCGACAAUAAUCCCUGGUUUCUAUCAUGUAUGGGAGUAGGUUGUCCAAUGAAUGCACCUUCAGCACUGUGGCCUAUGUUUGUAUUGCUCUGGAGAGGCAAAUAACUUAAGAUUGCUGGAAAACACUAUUCCAUUGAUUCUUUAUUCAGAUGUAUAGAGCAGUCCAGGAAGGAAGAAUAUUUUUGCAUCAACUUUUCAGCUGACUUAGCAAUAAAGAUUUUUACUUUCAUCUAACUAUA